AUGCCCACCCUGCUCGCUGCCUGUGACUCGCGGGCGGACGUCUUUGCCAUGCUCACUCCGCCAGAGACACGCGAGUUGAAGGAUCACGCUCCACAUGUCCUCGCUGGCAUGCUGGCCGCCAGUGUCGAGGUCCUCCUGGCCACACAGCUGGCCAUGGUCCCGCUCGAUCGCCUGGUGGCCCUCCUGGUCUCCUCCUGGGGCAUGGAUGCUGAUGUGGCCGAGGCUGCGCUGGUGGCCGGUUCUGGAUUGGCUGAAGCGGCUGGUCCGCCGGCUCGCGGUGCGCUGAUGGCUUCACUGGCGCUGAUUGCGCGCAUCGUCCCGCUGCUGUACGAGGACGGCCGCGACGAGCUCGCGUCGCGCAUCCUGUGGCGGGCCCGGUUCGGCACGCCGCUGGACGGCGUGCGGAGCUCGGGCGAAAGUGAUGGCGGUCGCGGCAGCAGCGAGGAGGCUGGCAUUCCCGGCGUGCUCGACGACUCGGACUGGGUCGAGCCGCCGGUCCCGUUUGGGGUUGUCCUCAUCCACGCUCUUCUCGCUGCGGCGUUUGUGCCCGGUCUCGGUGCGCCGGCUUGCGCCGAGGUCGAGGCCGAGGCGUAUACAGCGUGGCUGGAGGCGUGUGGCCCUGCUGCUGGACCCGACGCUGAUGCCACCGUUGAAGCUGUCGGCGAGGCGCUGGCGUGGGGGAAUGGGCUCGCGGCCGAGGCCGACGAGGUGCUCGAGCUCCGGCGUGGAGUGCUCGACGCCGUGCUGGCGCUCAGCUCGGCGUCGCUCUACACCUCUUCGUCUGCACUGUUCCACGUCGAAAACUUGGUGCUCCGGCAGCUGGCGUCGCCGCAUGCUGGCCGGCUCACGCGGGAGCUGGUAGUCUCGGUCUACAACGUGGUGGCAUGCCGCGGGCCGGCACUGACCGGCUCGUGGUCGCUCGGCUCGCUGGUCACGUCAGCGCAACUGACCCAGAUGUCGGCUAGUCCGGAGCGGGCUAUGCUGCGGGCAGGUAUGGGCAUGCUAGCGCUGCUCCUCGGCUACCUGCCGCGGGAGGACGUAGCUGCGGUCCACGGGCCCGACGCCGAGGUCGGUGUCCACUCGGGCGCUGCUGAUCCGGUGCGACACAACCAGGUGCGGAAGGAGGCGAGCCGGGUGCUAGCUGGCGAUGCGCAGCUGGCAGACGCGCUCCUCGCCAGUCUUGUCAACAUUGUGCACGUCUCGGCGUGGUGCGGGCUCGGCGAGUGGACCAUGUUUGAGCAGGCGUUGUUCCUUCUGUGGCACUCGCUCGAGGCUUCGCCGCCGCUGGCGCUUCGGCUGGUGGAGGCAAGCACGACUGUGUGUGCGCUUGUGGAGGCGCUGGCGUCGCUGCUUCUCGCAGCACGGUCGCACGUCGACCACCACGGGCUCAUCCACGUCGGCGCCUUUGUCCUGCUCCGGCUCUCUGCCGAGCGCGGCUUUGGCGUAGCGCUCAACACGCCGUACGCCGGUGAGCUCCCGCUGGCGCUGCCUGCCUUUGACGGCACCUACGCGGAUGUGCUUGUUCUCACCGUCCACACGCUUGUCCUCAGCCGCAACUCUGACAUCGAUCGGGUCCGUGGCACGCUCUUUACUCUCCUCGUCAACGUCUCACCAUAUCUACGCGGGCUCUCGGCCACGGCGGCGUCGCUUCUGGUGGCGCUGGUGGUUGGCCUCGCUAAGCCGUCGCGGAUGCUGGGCAGCCGAGCCGGGCCAGCCGAUGUCAUGCUCCUCCUCGAGCUCUUUGCCAACAUGGUGCAGUACCAGUUUGAUGCCAAUGGGGCGGUUGUCCACGCUCUGCUCGACGCCGAGGCACCGCUGGAGGUGCUGGCGGCGAGCAUCGAGCCACCGGUCCAUCCGCCUGUGCCUCAGGUGGCCGGGAGCAAUGCACACUUCCGGGCGGCGUGGAAAGAUAGCAUGCUCAUUCCGCUCAGCAUUGUGCUGCAGACAAUCAAGGCGAUGGCGCCGUGGGUGGCCGAGUAUGUGGCUGCAACCGGGAAUGCGGAUCCGGGCGCGAUCCGCGACCUGCUGCAGGCGUCGACAGUCGUGGGCCUGCUCCCGCCUCCGCAGCCAAUCAUGGUCCGCCGCUACCGUCGGUCAGAGCGCAACGACCUGUGGCUUGCGCGGUUCCUCUGGUCGGUCCUCUUUCUUGCUGCCGACGACCCGCCGAUGUUUAUGGGCUCAAUUAUCCGCCUCUUCCGCUACUUUCCCAAGACCUCUGGGUUCUAG